AUGAUUGAGUCGUGGGAAGAUCGACAGGAGAAGCAGGCAGUGCUCGAUCAAUGUCGCGAGGCUUACAAUCGCCUGCAGCAGCUCACUCCGACUUUGCAGGGCAAGCCGCGAGGCUGCGACGAAAUGACAGCGGCGAUGAGCCGUACCGAACUGCUCGAGCUUCUGGAAGCAGCAUCGAAAGCGCCACCAGAACCUGGCGUCAAGGCCUUCAUUGUCGACAAGCCAUAUCCCGCAUGCGCCGCACCUCUUGACGAUCUCAAGAUCAUCAAGAUCUCUGAUCUGCUCCUCGAAGUCCACCACGUCGGCAGGGCGCUGAUUGUGCGCCGCAUUGGCCCAGUCUGGAGCGCAGCAGUAGGAGGCACAUACGGCAUCGAGGACGAAGACGAUGAUGUUGACUUCCUGCUCUUCGAUGGAUUCAACUUUCCUGGCGAUGAGGAAAUCCCACCCAAUGCCGUCUUCGCUAUCAAGCAGCCUUACUGCAAAGUCGAUAUCACAGGCAGGCCACGGAUUAAAGUGUCUCAUCCGAGUGACUUGGUGGUGCUUCCUCUGCAAGACGAGCGCGUGCCACUUGUCUGGCGCCUAUCCAGCACUGUUCCGACCGAAAAGACAUCACAAAAGAUUGAGGAGGAAUACCAAGAUGACGUUGAAGAGCUCGAUCUGAAGAGCUAUGACUUCGACAAGAUCGCCAGCGAACUUUCAAAAGCACAACCGCGUGUUGACAUCGGAAGCUAUCUUCGACGAGUAGAGCUUCGACCAAGCCCUGGACGUGGACGAGGCCUCUUUGCCACCACGAAGAUCGCAAUGGGCGACAUUGUUCUAGUAGAGAAGGCCACCUUCGUCACGUACAACCACGAGCCCCAAGCCUACACCGCGAUCAAAAUCGACAUUGGCCGCAACAUGAUCACCGAAGACACUCGUGGAGCGCCUCACAAGGACCUCGCAAGAUACAUACUCAAGAACCCCAAAGCUCGAGCCAAAAUCUUCGAUCUGCAUUCUGCUUCCAUCCCAGCACCAUCUCCAUCGGAACUCAUCGAUGGCAACCCCAUCAUCGACAUCUUCCACCUGCACGAAAUCUGGCAGACCAACGCCAUCGCCUGUCCUACGCCAUUCCCAGUCUCAACCGAUCACGGCUCGGGUCUCUGGAGCCAAACUUCCCACAUCAACCACUCCUGCAUCCCAAACACCGAGAAGAGCAUCAUCGGCGACCUCGUGGUGUUGCGCGCCAAUCGAGACAUCGAGCCUCGCGAGGAAAUCACAAUCUCAUACGGAGAAUACGCCUCACGAGAAGAAAAACAACAAGCAUUCGCCAGAAUCUGGGGGUUUCAAUGUAAAUGCGAACUCUGCCUCGCAGAAGAAAACGGAUUGAGUGAGGGAGGGAAUUGA